UGUGUAUGUGUGUGUGUGUGUGUUGUGUGUGUGUGUGCGCGCGCGUUUGCUCGCGGGCACAGUGCCCUGAAAGCCCCGCCCCCUUUUCCCCGUUCCUCUAUAUAAGGUGUGGUUCGGUGGGCGCUGCGCUCCAGACUCUGCGCGCUGACCGGAUGGAGUGAUCUGAUGGUGAUGAAGAUGAUGAUGAAGAUGAUGAAGAUGGUGGAAGCUGAAUAAGAAUUUUCCUCCACACUAAAACCUCUUCAAAUCCUCGUGAUAACCGCGUGCGUGUGUGUGUGCGUGUCCGUGGACCUUCCCUUUAACUCCAGGCUGAAAAUGAAAGCCACCAGCCCGGCGCGCUCUCGGAAGGACGCGUGUGGUGUGUGCGCGGACGCGUCGGAGGGUUCGAACCCGAGCUGCGUGCAGCUGGACAUGAACGACUGCUACAGCCGCCUGAAGCGCCUGGUCCCGACCAUACCGCAGAACCGACGCGUGAGCCGCGUUGAGAUCCUGCAGCACGUUAUCGACUACAUCCUGGACCUGCAGCUGGAGCUCAGCGAGCGCACCGACACAGCGGCGUGGCCAAGGAUCCGCACCCCGCUGUCCGCCCUCAACACGGAACAGGGGACACCGGUCAUCAAUAAGCAGGAGGACUCGAUUCUGUGUCGCUGAGAUAUAGCCAAAAGCAGAGGUGUGCAGCGCCCGUCCCGUGCCAAGCCGAGCCCCGGCGGCCGAGCCGACACCCACCAGAACCCAGUGAGGGAUUGCUCAGACAACUAACGGCAUCUAAACGCUCAUUUAUUAGCAUCUCAGUGUUAGCAAUGGUGGCGGAGUGAGCCGGAUUUCUCUCCCACCGGUGAAGGGAAUGCAGAAUUUGGACAGAUGACCUCUCUUUUUGUCCCCCCCCCCUCUCCCUGUCUCAUUUUCUUUCACUCUCAGUGGUUCGAUUUAUUCGAAAGCUGGAACCCUCACGCCGUAAAGCUUCAUGAUGUCUGCUGUUAAAAAUAGAUGCUUCGAUCCGGACAGAGAUUCUCUCUGCGACUGUUUGAUACUGUAAAUAAAAUUCAUCCUGACCUGAUACUGUACAUAAAGAAAAAAUGAAUGAAUGUUCUAAACUGUACGUUGAAAUAUCUAUACGCUGGAGCGGCUGUAAUUAUAAGAUAUUUUUAUUAAAAAAAGGAAAGCUUUUGUUUUGUAUAUAUUGUGUUUUUCCAUAAGUGUAGUGAAAUAAAACAUAAAUGUUCUGCUAAUAAAGUUCACACGUCAUGAA